ACUCGUGUUUUUUAAUGAUGUAGUGCCAGUAUUCCUACACUAGGGGGCGCUAACUCCCCACUUUUAAACGCAUCUAUAAAAUUGAACGUUAGCUCCGUUAGCUCCAGAGCAUUGAACUUUAGCUCCUUAUGCUAGUUAUGUCACUUUAUGGUUUUACCUCUGUAAAAACUGUUUUUAUAGCAUAAAACAUCAACGCAGUAGGUUCGACAUGGACGAGCCGGACACGGCAGCGAUCCUACCCGAAGACCUCCUCAGCGCCUCGUCAACGGAUGACCAGCUGUCCGAUUCUGAGGACGGCAAAGACGAAGCAGCUUUACCGACCGCGACCACCUUUGUGCCGCCGUCAUGCCGGUGCCCUGUCCCGGUGUCCGUGGAGCCGGUGCUUUUCCUCUCCAUGUUUUCCCUGGCGCUACAGGCCCCUCUGACCACGCAGUACCUGUGGGACCGAAUUAGUGAGGACCUCGGCUACAAUGGCUCCAGGAGGUCUGGGUGCAGCAACAGCUCAGUGGACCCGGACCCGCUGCAAAAGGAAGUUGAAACUCUGACAGCUCACUGGAACCUGUACAUCAGCCUCGGGGGAUUUUCUGUGGGGCUCGUGGUUGUCCCUCUCCUGGGCUCUUGGAGCGAUGCAGCAGGUCGUAGAACCGUCCUCAUCCUCCCCAACUUUGGCCUGGCGCUCCAGGCCGUGGUUUACCUCGUGGUGAUGUACCUCAAGCUGCCUGUGGCCUACUUUCUGCUGGGCCGGCUGCUCAGUGGCCUCUCGGGGGAUUUCAACGCCGUUCUGGCCGGCUGCUUUGCCUACGUGGCGGACAUCAGCGACAGGAGGUCCCGCACCUUCAGGGUGGCGGUUCUGGAAGCUUGUCUGGGCAUUUCAGGGAUGCUGGCCAGCAUCAUAGGAGGCCAGUGGCGGCGGGCACAAGGUUACAUCAACCCGUUCUGGCUGGCCCUGGCCACCAACUUGGCUUCAGCUGUCUACGCCUACCUGUUCAUCCCAGAGUCCGUCCGUCCGGACCCGAGCGCUAGGCUCCUCUCCGCUCACCACUAUAAAGCCGUCUGGCGCCUCUAUUCCGCAGGAGGCGUCAGCGGCGAAGGCGGCGGAGCGCUGCUUCACAGGGGCAAGCUGUGGCUCUACACGCUCUGCUUCUUCCUGGUGGUGGCCGUUCACUUCGGCACCAGAGAGCUGUACGUGCUGUACGAGCUGAGCUCCCCGCUGUGCUGGGACUCGGCUCUGAUUGGCUACGGGUCGGCCGCUCAGAACCUGGCCUACCUGAGCAGCCUGCUGGGGCUGAAGGCCAUGCAGCGCUGCCUGCAGGACUCCUGGGCGGCUCUGGUGGGCCUGGUGUCGAACAUUGCUGGGCUGGUGGUGUUCUCUGUGGCGGACACCACCCAGCUUAUGUUCACAGGUUACGGCCUGUGUUUCCUCUUCAUGGCUUCCACUCCCGUCCUCAGGUCAAAGCUCUCCAUGUUGGUUGACCCAUCAGAACAAGGGGCCUUGUUCGCCUGCGUUGCCUGUGUGGAGAGCUUGUGUUUCCUUGUGGGCAGCAGCCUCUUUAACUCCGUCUAUCCAGCCACUCUGCAUUUCAUGAAGGGCUUCUCAUUCCUGUUUGCUGCCAUCAUCCUCCUCAUUCCUACUGCAAUCAUUGGAGCUCUACAGUGUUUGGACCAGCGGAGGGAACACAGGGACUCUGCAUCCUGAGUGCAAAGAGCCGGUCCUGAUGGGACCCAUCUGUGGCGAUUCAGUGCUCAUCUUGUCUGUGAUGCUGUUAGAAACUGGGAUCCUAACAAACCUGAAGGCUGCUAUUCUGCAAAGGGAUUCUUCCCCCCAGAGUGACACUAACACGUCGAGACCAAAGAGUGAAGAAACAACCAUGUGGGCUAACCUCCCUCGAUUUGUGAGUCGAU